GUUUUGGAGUGGCAGUUUGAAUCAGAAUCUCAGAAAGCGAAUAACGUUCAGUGGAAGCAGCAAUCAUGCCAAUUGAAAUCAACACCCCCGAUAAGUUGGAAUACCAAUUCUUCCCGGCCAGCGGAGGACUCUUCACCUUCAAGGUGCGCUCUCCCAAAGAUGCCCAUCUGGCCCUCACCCCCGCCCCAGAGGACAAUGGUCCUAUCUAUGAGAUCUUUAUUGGUGGUUGGGACAACACCAAGUCGGUGAUCCGCAAGGACCGCCAAAAGCCCGAGGUGGCUGAGGUUCCCACCCCUGGAAUCCUGGAUGCCGGCGAGUUCCGUGGCUUCUGGAUCCGUUGGUACGACAACGUCAUCACCGUCGGACGCGAAGGCGAAGCCGCUGCUUUCCUUUCCUACGAUGCCGGCAGCCUGUACCCGGUCAACUUCGUGGGAGUCUGCACAGGAUGGGGUGCCAGCGGAACUUGGCUGUUGGAUGAAUCUGCUCCAUCAGCUCCCGUGUUGGGCUUUACCGCUCCCACCGGCAGCGGACCCGGAUGCUGGGUGCCAGCCGCUAACGGAGAGGUGCCUCCCAAUGCCCUUGAAGGCGGAUUCGACAGCAGCGAGCAGUUGUACAUCGCCCGUGCCCGUCACGAGGGUGACCUGAUUCCCGGCAAGCUGCACCCCUCCCACGGAGUCACCUAUGUGGCCUGGGGCGGUGGCGAACACGGACACGGCGAAUACGAAGUGCUGUGCGCUGGUGGUGGCCAGUGGGUACCCGUGGAGGCCGGCAACAUUCCGCCCAACGCUCUGCCAGCCGGCGAGACCGCCGAAGGCGAGCCCCUGUUCAUCGGCCGUGCCACCCACGAGGGAACCAUCACGGUCGGCAAGGUCCAGCCAUCCCACGGCGUCUGCUACAUCCCGUACGGCGGCGAGGAGUUGGCCUACAAGGAGUUCGAGGUCUACGUUGCCUAAGCCACAUGCCCUGGCCCUGGUAUUGAAUGUCCAACGCACUGAAUCACAAUUGUUAAUUUGAGCGCUUUACAGUCUAACUGGUCGCAUUACUUUUUAUUUAUAAUUGCAUUUCUACUGAAUACUAUUGAGGAAUCUCGAAUAAAAGCAACUGAGCUUGUUAUUUUUCAUCCAAAUUGGUUAACAAAAAGAAAUUAAUAAAUACUUUUAAGAACGAA